GCUCGCGUCAGCCGCGCCAGUGUCCGCUAGACUGCCGAGCGCGCCGGGCCUCCCGCUCCCCGCGCCUCGCUCGGCCACGACGCGUCCCGUACGACACCUUCCAAACCUCGACCGUCGCGAGUGCAUUAUGACACUAGUGAGCUAGCGGGCCGAUGUGACGGUGACGGUGUCCAUAGUUGAUGUGUAUGUGUUCACGUGCUUGUGUGGUGUGUUAGACAGCCCGGGACAACAAAACGUUCGUGGUGGCCAGCGGAGCCUUGCACCCGGGCUCGGGCCGAGCUUUCAUGGCUCAGCCUAGGUACGACGAGAGCCUUCACGGCGGGGGCUACAUGGAAGGCGGCGCCAUGUACCACGAGCACCGUCUCUCCCACCCUCACAUCCCGCCGGUACACUACCCUCCGCCCGCUGCGCCGGCGCACGCGCUGCCAGGCGAACCUCUCGUGCACAAACGAGACAAGGACGCCAUUUAUGGCCAUCCCCUCUUCCCCCUACUGGCGCUGAUCUUUGAGAAGUGCGAGUUGGCGACUUGCACGCCUCGCGACCCUGGCGUGGCGGGAGGAGAUGUCUGCUCCUCAGAGUCCUUCAACGAAGAUAUCGCGGUCUUCAGUAAACAGAUACGCCAAGAAAAACCAUAUUACAUUGCGGACCCAGAGGUUGACUCUUUAAUGGUGCAAGCGAUACAAGUCUUACGGUUUCACUUGUUAGAAUUAGAAAAAGUGCACGAGUUAUGCGACAACUUCUGCCACCGCUACAUCAGCUGUCUGAAGGGCAAGAUGCCCAUCGACCUGGUGAUCGACGAGCGAGAGACGCGGCCGCCGGACAACGGCGAGCGCUCCGCCCCUGACAGCAGCCACGACGGCGCCUCCACUCCGGACGUCCGGCCGCCGUCAUCGUCCUUAUCAUACGGCGGUGCCGUGAACGAUGACGUCAGAUCCCCGGGCUCCGGCGGCACCCCCGGACCACUCAGUCAGCCCCCGCCGCAGACACUAGACCCUGAUGCAGAUGCCAUGGGCAAGUGGUGCGGGUCGCGGCGGGAGUGGUCUUCGCCCCCGGACGUGGCGCGACGCGUCUACUCCUCCGUGUUCCUUGGCAGCCCCGGAGAAUACCCAGGUGACGCCAGCAAUGCGAGUAUCGGUUCUGGCGAGGGUACGGGGGAAGAGGAUGACGACACAAAUGGAAAAAAGAACCAGAAGAAAAGAGGAAUCUUUCCGAAGGUAGCCACCAACAUCCUCCGGGCGUGGCUGUUCCAACACCUAACGCAUCCGUACCCUUCGGAGGAUCAGAAAAAGCAGUUGGCGCAAGAUACAGGGUUAACAAUACUACAAGUAAAUAAUUGGUUUAUCAACGCGAGACGUAGGAUAGUCCAGCCGAUGAUCGACCAGUCCAAUAGAGCAGUAUUCUAUCCGGCAGUGUUCCCGCAUGCGGGGCCCAGCGGUGCCUACAGCCCGGAGGCUACCAUGGGCUACAUGAUGGACGGUCAGCAGAUGAUGCACAGGCCUCCCGCGGACCCCGCCUUCCACCAGGGUUACGCGCAUUACCCCGCCGAGUACUACGGCCACCAUCUUUAAUGCGCGCACUUGUACAUAUAUGAAUAAACCAUCGUCCGGCCUCAGCGAUCCGAGGCCGACACGACACGGCGCACGUCACGACACGACACACGACGCGUGACGCGUGUCGGACACACAAACAGGAGAGCGAUGCUAAAUGUACAUAAGCGAUACAAUUUUGUAAUAUUUGAAACAGUAUACGAUCUCCUAAAUUAAGAUUAUAAAGUCAACUUUAAUUUUUAAAAUAAUGUAAAUUACGAAGUGACCAUGAACGCUGUAUAGAAUGGUGCAAACACCCUUUAUAAAGAUAAGCCGCGAGCCGUCCGGCGGACGGCGGGCGGCGGGCGGCGGGCGGCGGGUAACAAUAACGAUGACGAAAUAAACAAUGGUUUGAUAGUUAUCUUAUAAAUAUUUAUAGCUAAUUGUGUAUUGUUAUUACGUAAAUAUAAAUAAUAAUUGAUUAAUUGUAAGUUGUAACUAUUACUGGAAGUACGGGGCGCACGGAUUUUAAGGAUGUUUACAUUUUUUAUGAGCCUCUACGUUUAUAGACACGGAUAUGAUAUUUUUUUGGAUUUGAGUUGUGAGCGGCGCCGGGGCGAGCCGCUAGCGAGCCGUCGGCUCCUGGCGAGCGAGCCCCGCCGUCGCUAAAGUUCGUGAGCAACCAUUAAGGUUACUUGUCUGUAAUUUUUUUCUAAUUACUCUCAUAAUUUAUGAAGACGUUAAGCUCAAUGUACACCUAAGUAAUGUCAAUUGCGAUGAACUUAUUAUUUAACUAUGAAAUUCUGCAAUUUUGCUUUACAGGUGAAGUACAUAUCUUUGAAUUAUGUAUAGUAUAUAUAUAUUAUAUAUUAAAUGGGUAUCAGAUAUCAUACACUCACCUUGCCUUGGUGUUCAAUAAAGUAGCACAAUUUGUAACCGAUGUAUACGAUGAAAUAAAUGAUAUUUUACGAUGUUGAAGUCGAUCACAGUUUUAGGUAUACAUUGCCUUCUACUUACGAAGAGAUUAAUAUAGACUCGUACUAAGCUACGACCUGUGACCUAGAGGAUAGCGCAGAUUGUACAGAUAUUGUAUACAAUUUUGUAUUUAUGGAGACUGUUAAAUAAUCGCGCCAACUCCGACACGUCACUCCGACAGUUGACGCUGACGCUGACGUCGACGGUUAGGUCGCAUUCCGUGGAAUUGCACUAAUUUUGAUUUCACUAUUUUGUUAUAUAUAUAUUUGAUAUUUAUAUAUUUGAUAGACCACGGAACCAAAAAUAUAAAAAAAAAGGUUUAGUCCUUUCGGGAGUUCAAGGGUAAUUGUGUGAAUUACCAGCCUUAAGCCAAGUAUACGAUUGGAGCUUUUAAAAUUGACGAAAUUUGUAUUAGCUUCGGUUAACUUAGUUAUCGUGAAGUUAUCCGGGACAAGCUUUACUCUAGAUUAACCGAGACUCUGUAAGUGCGGUGCGGCUGUUUUGCCGAUUUAAUAUAUAUAUCCGAUUCCCUCAGACAAAUGGAAUAUACGGAAGAGUUUCAGGAGAUUCAGUCGUUAAAUUAUAAAGGUCAUAGCAACCGCACCGCAUAGAUCCUUAGUAAUGUAACUGUUAUUAUUAUUAUUUUGUAAAUACAUCGAUAUGUCUGUGUAUAAACCGUUUAGUUUCCAAUAAAAAAAAAUUCAGUAUUAAA